CCCCCCUCACUCUCUGGACACAGCGGCGACCAGCAGUAGCGCGCGGCGGCCAUCUCCGGCGCAAACUAGCGGGCGAGCGGCGGCGGUCAGGGAAUCAACCAUGGUUUUCCUUGAGGUGGAGAUGUCUUGGAAUGUUUUGAUCUCUCCUGACCAGUUGAGCCCCAAGGGUCUAUUGCUCCGCAAGUCCAUCAUCGUGCGUCUUCUAGAGGACAUAACAAACAGGAAGGCCUCCAAGGACCAUGGCUACUACAUCGCUGUCAGUGAGCUCAAGGCGAUAUCUGAAGGGAAGGUUCGCGAGCUUACUGGGGAUGUUCUUUUCCCGGUCACAUUCAACUGCAUCACUCAGAAGCCCAUGAAGGGUGAGAUCUUGGUGGGCUGUGUGGAGAAGAUCCUGAAGCAUGGUGUGUUCCUCAAAUCUGGACCGAUGGAGAACAUCUUUCUGUCGUAUAAGACGAUGGGCGAGUACAAGUACUCGGGUGGUGACAACCCGAUGUUCUUGAAGGACCACUCGAAGCUGGAAAAGGAUACCAUCGUCCGCUUCAAGGUCUUGGGGCACCGCUGGAUGGAAGCAGAUCGCCAGUUCCAGCUCCUUGUGACGCUGGCUGGUGAUUACCUCGGGCCGCUGUGAGCUGCUACCACUGGUUAAACAUUGGUCGAUGCUGUACAUUCGGUUAUUCAGGUGGAUCGAUGAAUGGGUGUGUUAGGUGAACUUUGCUGCCUGUGAUGUCUGAUGGAACAUGGUUGCUGUAACCUGUGGUAAUUGAUGGAAGUUCUAGUUGUGAUGCCAAGCAGAGUACUGUGAAGUAUAACGAGCCUGCGCAUUAACAUUUUA